AUGGAUCCCAAAUGUCAGUAUGUGAAAAUGAAUGAUGAUCACUUCAUUCCUGUACUGGGAUUUGGCACCUAUGCACUUCCAGAGGUUCCAAAGAGUAAAACUCUGGAGGCCACUAAAGUAGCAAUAGAAGCCGGUUUUCGCCAUAUUGAUGCUGCUUAUUUCUAUAAUAAUGAAGAGGAGGUUGGACUGGCUAUCCGAAGCAAGAUUGCAGAGGGCAUUGUGAAGAGAGAGGACAUAUUCUACACUUCAAAGCUCUGGUGUACUUGCCAUCAGCCGGAGUUGGUCCAACCAUCCUUGGAAAGGUCACUGAAAAAACUUCAACUUGACUAUGUUGACCUUUACCUUAUUCAUUUCCCAGUGUCUCUGAAGAAAGAUGUAGGAAUUGUUAUAAUAGAGAAGAAACCAAAAUAG